CGGGAUGGAUACUCCAUGUCAGCAGUGGAGUUUCUAAACCAAUAAUCUUUCUUCAUAGGAGAGUUGCUCCAGCCCUUGGGUAUCUUUUCUGCAAGGUUAUUUUGAAUUAAUUCUGCCUGGAGAAGUCUUGUUUCUGUUGUUUAAGUUAGUGAGAAACAACUCUGAUUUAGUACUAAUGUCCACAUGGGCCAAUUCCAACCCCGACCCACCUCCGGCAUUGGUUGUCUGAAUGGCAUCCCACCUUUUGGGGUGGGAUGGGGGAGGAAGCAGAGGAUGUAAUGAAGUAAAACUGAGAUAUAGAGACAUUGAAAUGCAAUAGACAUAAAAUAAACCCUAAACAGAACUAUUCAGCGCGCUCAGUACAUUGAGAUACUAUACAUUGGGAACAGGAAAUACUCUACAACUCACACAACACAUGUACUUGGGGGUUAAAGGUAUACAUUCCCAUCAAUAAGCAGACUGUGUUGAAGUAGCUCAUUCUCUAUGAAGUUGAAAGCAUUCACAAGUGCGUAUUUUGGAAGGAAAGCCGGAGGAAGAGAGGAGGGCUUUGCGUUUCUCAGGGAGAGAUAUGAAAAGGCCAGUUCCAGGUUAGCUAAUGCUCAGCCUUUCAGCUCUUUGAGGCCUCCCUGGCCACUCUUAGCUGCUUCCUCUCAAUCCAUUCCUGUUCCUCUUUUUUGUGGCCUGACAUUCUGACUCUGCAGCUUUGCUCACUAGGCUGGCAUUUUGUUUCUGCACCUAAACUUCAGCUGGCAGGAUGCCUGAUUUAAUCUCUGUCCAAGAGUUUAUCUGCCAGACCCAGGAGGAUCUGAGCUCUCCCACAACUUCUUCCUUUACCAGCCACAUGGGCAAAUGCAGGAGCACAGCUUGCAGCCUGGACGAGGCCUUGGAUUUGGAUCGGACAGUUCUGCAAAAAUUGAGGAAAGCAGUGAAAGCAGAACACACAACUGGACAAGAUCUCAUUAGCCACUUAGAAGCUCAUAUCUCUGCCCAGGAAAGGUAUUCAGAAAAUUUUCGAAACAACAACGAUGAGAAGUUGGCUGAAGCUUAUGUCACCUUUGCUUUGUUUUCAAAGGAGCUGCUAGAAGCUGUCAGGAGUGUGUUGCUGAGCUUAUAUCACAACAUUAACUUUUCCCUGGAUUCACUGAUCAAAGGCGAUUUCAAAGGGGACUUUAAAAAGCCCUUUGAGAAAGCCUGGAAGGACUAUGAGAACAAACUUGCAAAGAUAGAGAAAGAAAAGCGGGAGCUGGCAAAACAGUAUGGAAUGGUGCGGACAGAGGUUAUGGGAGGAGAGAUUGCGGAGGAGAUGGAAAAGGAACGGCGGAUAUUUCAGUUGCAGAUGUGCGAGUAUCUAAUUAAAGUGAAUGAAAUUAAAACCAAGAAGGGAGUUGACUUGUUGCAGAACAACAUAAAUCACUGCAACUCCCAGUUCAAUUUUUUCCAGGCGUGUUUAAAGGCAACCGAGAAGCACAAGCAGUUUGUUGAAAAUCUUAUUCCUCAGCUUCAAAGUAUGAAAGCAAAGCAGGAUGAGGAGAAGAAGCAGCUGUGCUCCCUCCGGGAUCAGCUGAAAGCAGCGCUGCAGUUGGAGCCAAAAGAGAAUUCUAUUUGCAAACCAGUGAGGUACAGCAUGCACCAGUUGCAGGGAAAUAAGCAAUAUGGCACAGAGAGAUCUGGAAAUCUUUUUAAGAAAAGUGAUGGUUUAAGAAAAGUCUGGCAGAAGAGAAAGUGCACAGUCCGAAAUGGAUAUUUGACCAUCUCGCACAGUACGCUACAUCGUACACCAGUCAAGCUGAAUUUGCUUACUUGCCAAGUGAAACCAAACAUGGAUGACAAGAAAUGCUUUGAUCUUAUUUCACAUAACCGAACAUACCACUUCUUGGCAGAGGAUGAGCAAGAAUGUAGCAUAUGGAUCUCCGUCCUGAGCAAUAGUAAAGAAGAGGCCUUGAAUGUCGCAUUCAAACAAGCACCGGACAGGGAAGGAUGCAGCAUGGUGGAUUUGACUGGGGCAAUCAUUGAGGAGAUCAAGCGCAUGCCUGGAAACAGCACAUGUUGUGACUGUUCUGCAUCAGAUCCAGCCUGGCUCUCCAUUAAUUUGGGAAUCCUCAUCUGCAUUGAAUGCUCUGGGAUUCACAGAGAAAUGGGCGUUCACCACUCUCGCAUCCAGUCACUAGCUUUGGACAAGCUGGCAACCUCAGAGCUUCUGUUGGCUAAGAAUAUUGGAAAUUCACGAUUUAAUGACAUUGUAGAAGCCAACCUUCACAAUGCAGAUCUAAAGCCUACUACUGACAGUCUCAUGACUUUUCGAAAGGAUUUCAUCAUAGCCAAGUAUGUUGAUAGAAAGUAUGUUGCCCAGGGAAUUACGGGAAGCCCAGUUGCUAGGCUUAAGGACCUACAGGAAGCUGUCGAGGAGAAAAAUAUAUAUGUCUUGCUUCAGGCAUAUGCAGAAAAGAUGGAUUUAAGUGAGCCUGUUCUGGAGCCCUGCCAGGAAUCUGGGGAGACACUUCUUCAUUUGGCAGUUUUAAUAUGUGACCGAACCUCUUUGCAUAUUGUAGAUUUUCUGGUGCAGAACAGUGAUAGCCUGGUGAAACAAACAGCCAAGGGAAAUACCCCACUUCAUUACUGCAGUCUCCAUAAUAAACCUGAAUGCAUAAAGCUUCUCCUGCGUGCCAAAGCCAACAUUGGAAUCACCAAUGAAGCUGGAGAGACAGCCCUCGAUGUUGCUAGGCGAAUGAACCAUGCUGUGUGUGAGGAACUGCUGGCUCAAAACGAUCAGUUCAAUAUGCGUGCGCAUGUGGAAUAUGAGUGGCGUCUUGGCCAAGAGGACAUGUUUGAAAGUGAUGAUGACCUGGAUGAGAAGCUCAGUCCUGUGAAAAAGGAUCACUGUUAUCGUCCUCAAAGCUGCUACAAUUUGCUUGGAGCAGCAUCUCAGUCGUGGAAAAAUCCAGCAAACUUUUUGAAAGGAGCCAGUCCAGCUUCUCAGGACAAAUACCAUGACAUAUAUGCCAUACCACAUGUCUCCAAGUCCUCUCCAGUUUCUCCCUCCACAGGCCCACCGCUGCCACCACGCAACAUACCCAGAGCUCCCAGUUUCCCUCCUCCACCGCCCCCAUCCAAACGAUCUGCCUUCCCUGAAGGCACAACAGCUAUAAAGAUCCUGCCUCCACCUCUAACGAUUCGGCAUAAGCGGACUUCCUCGGAGCCUUCCCCCUGCACACCAUUGAAUCUCAGCAGCCCCACUGAGGACUCUAAGUCUUUCUCCCUCCCAAGACGUUGCUCUCCAGAAGGAGCCUCUCCUAGGAGCUUGAACUCUGGAUCUUCUGAAACCCAAGAGGCAGAGGAUUCCUGGCAGCCAGCUGCUUUGAAAGAACAGGAGCCAUCUUUUGAGCCAAAUCAAUGUACAAGAGAGAAUCACUGGUCUUCUCCCCACUCACCUGAGUCAUUAGAUGAUGUCCCACCACCAUUGCCAAAAAGGGGGCACUCAACUAAAUCCUAUCUUCGUCGGGUCAGAUCCCUUUUUGACUGUCAAGCUGAUCAUGAAGAUGAGUUAACCUUCCAGGCUGGAGAGAUCAUUGUAGUAGAUGGAGAGGAGGAUUCCAAUUGGUGGUGUGGCCGGAUUGAAGGGCAGCCUCACAGGAAAGGUGUCUUCCCAGCAUCAUUUGUUUACAUACUGCAUGAAUAGAAGGCGGAGAAGACAAAAAGCAUGCAUAGAAUUUAAGAGGUCUUCCUGUUGAAGAGAGCAGGCAUGAGACUUCUCCAAUUAAUCCUUCACUCGCAGGGUUCUUCAAUUUACAGCCUGUAGGAUGAUGUACUGGGCCAGGAACUGGGUUCAUUGAUGCUGAAAUGUUGUUGCAAGGUGCAGUCUACUGCCCAUUCAAAUCACUGGCCAAAUGUCCACUGAUUUGAAUAGAAGAGGAUUGUACCUAACAUGUAUUGGAUACUGUCUUGAUGAAUUCACUGAUGUUCUUCACCUACAGCUUCUCUUGCCAUGAUGAGCAUAUAAAUAUUACAUAUACAUCAACAGAACCUAACACAUAAUUGGGGUGUUUCUAAUCCAGGUUUGAUCGAGCUGUUGAUCAAUGAUCCAUGUCGAAAUACCCCCUCCACUGGAUUAUUUUAUGUGGCUGUUUUUAUGCACACUCAAGGUAGCAUGGCGUUGCUUCACAGUCACACACAUAUAACUGGACACUUAUGACCUGGAGUAAUUUAAUCCUGUAUGGGAAGCCGGGGCCCUUUUGUCAUGACGUUACUCCUUUCACUGCACAGGAAGAUGGGUUAAGGUGCCCUGUAUACAAGCAGUGCAACAUUUUCACUUAGAACCAUGAGAACAAAAGGAACUAGAUGGCUGUGAUUUUGACCUGCCCUCUGUAAACAUAGAUCACCAACAUCCAUCCAUCCUAUUCUAGGCCAGAGGAAGAGAAGGAAUGAAACAAGGUACAUGAUAAGAUAGUACUUGUUGAUCCUGUAGUUCCUAGUGGCAGAAACAAGUGAGAACAUACAAUAUACAUAGGAAUAUAUAGCACCUCAUCAGUUCCUUUUCCUGUAUUCUUAAGCAAUCUGAUUUAUAGCACCCUUACAAUCCCUAAAGCAAAAUCCCGCCCCCUUAUCUCUACACCUCUGUCUACUUUAUACACUAUCCUAGUUCUAAUUAGGAAGUUACUUAUUUUCUAAAAGAGGAUUCACCUUUUGUGUCUGCAGCCGGAAGCUGGGGUGAAACAUGGAGUUCAAAUAUAAAGAGAGGAGAAAUCCCAUAGAAUCUUUUUCUUUUUUUACAGCAUAUGUAAUUCUGUAAUAAUCAUUUGUUUUGGUAUAGCUGAUAUAGACAGCUGAUAUACAUACAACCAUUAAAUGUGUUCUACAUUUUUUCACCUGGAUUGUAUGACUACUUAGUUUUGUCCUAGACACUACAGGGCAAUUUUUAUACUAGUUUCUAGCUAUACUAGUAAAGCCCUUUUACUUUCUGUGAUUUUGUUAUGUAUAAUCCUUGAACAGAAGUAAGACCUCAACAAAGCUUUGUCCAAUAGUAUUUUACAUUUACCCAGAGUUACGAGGAAUACCCUAUGUGCAGUUGUCAUCUUUGCAUUGAAUGGGUUGCUCAUAAUCACCUGUGACUGGCCAAAUCCUUAAAUGUUUCUGUCUUUUCCAUAGAUAAAUGUUCUGUAAUCUAAAAUUAUAUAACUAUAUGCUAUUUGUUUUUAUAUCACAUUUCUUGUUCUAUUUCAUCCAAAAAAGUUUCUUGGGCCUUCUAUUAAUUAAAAUGGUCUCCUAAAUCAAUGCCAUUCUUAUAGCAGCAUGUUCAAAGACUACUGUUUUUCUUUUUUAAUUUUUUUCCCCAUGUACCUGAAAAUAUGUCUGGUCUUUUUCUAUCUAGAUAAAUAUGUGUCUUGUUUUUCAUUCUCUUUUACUCUUCGAUGAUUCAAAGCUCUAAUUACCAAUGAGCUUUAACAAAAACACACUUUUCCUGUGGCAGGUGUAAUCUAAGAUUAGGUGGAUUUGUAUUGGUGAAGCUGGAAAACUGUUUUUGAUGCAUAAUAGGAAAUCAGGGGGCACAGACUUUGUGCAAGUAUUGUGUUUUCGGUUUAUUUUAGAUACUUCUACCUGUUUUGAUCUAAAUGUGUGCUAGAAUAAAAUGCUACUUUACCAACCCA